ACACUCUUGGAUAUAUAAAAAAGGAAAUAUCUAGAUCACAUUUUACAAGAAUAGAUAAAUACAUGAUAUAUACGAGAAGAAAACGUGUGCGCGCCAUUGACUGUAUAUACUAGGUGCGCACGCGCAUUUACCGUUGAAAUCGGUGUAUCAUAGCAACGCGCUUAAACAGAAGUUAACUGGGAAAGAUGGCGACGCAGAGAGAAAAAGACGCCGCUGAAUAUCUGAAGAAACACAAAAUUAUCGAGAUGAUGGACAACCUGACCAGCAUGCUCUUUUUUUACAGACCUGAUAAUCCCAGGGAGUUUCUUAUCGAACAGCUGGAGCAACUGAAGAUUUCUCAGCAAAAUGGUAUGAAAGGACCAAAUCUGUUCAACAACUCAAACCUGGAUACAGUCUUUGGAAUAAUGGACCCCGCAAAUCAGAAAUACAUUACUUUUGCUCAAUAUAAGCAGGCUCUAACCACACUGGGCAUAAAAGACAUUAAUGAAUGUCCUGAAGGUGUUAAUGAAGACAAAAUAACCCAUGAGACCUUCAAAACAGAAGGGAUGCAAGGUCUCCAGAGAUACUCAGCAACAUAUUCACAAUCGUGAACGAUCCCUUCUACUCACGUUAUAACGUUAUGUUAUGUUAUGUUAUGUUAUGUUAUGUCAUGUUAUGUUAUGUUAUGUUAUGUAGAGAAAUGUAUUUUAUAAUAUAAGAAUGUUAUAUUUUAGUUGCUACUAAACUUUUUUGCUGGUACGUCAUUAUAUCCUACAGUCUAUUAUUUCAGUUUUGAAGGAUACGUCCCCCUUUGCUGCUCUUAUGGGGAAAUGUUUAGCCAUCCAACAUGGUCAAAUUGCCAGUGGAAAUGUUUCAUAUUCUGUAUCCAUUUAUUUUUAUUUUUACUUUUUUUUUUUUUUUGAUUAAGAACAAUAAAACAAA